CAAAGCUGACAAGCUGGCUUUCCUCCCAAGCCUCCCUCCCAUGCAAAGCGAAAAGCCAACCCAACAAGGUAUGGGACCAAGCCACCCCCGGCAGGCAGGAACAGGAGGAGGACCCACGAGCCUAAAAAUGUCCCAGAAAGAAAAAGAGAGGGACGAAAAAAAAAGACAAAAAAGAAAACAGUCGGCCAUGUGCCAUCCCGCGCAGACAGACAUGGGCUAAAACCCAACUGGCCGGGGCUGGAUGUGACGCUACCACCCAAACCCCCUUGUCUGCUGCAGCACGACGAAACAUUGUCCGGGAUUAAUCGAGAUAACUAAGGGGACUCGAUCCCGUCUCUAGACAGUAGACGAAGCACAAAGAUGACGAAAAGGUGUGGACUGUGGAGGAAAAGGGUGGAUUAUUCUUAGCUUUUUCUUUCUUUCUGACGAGCGGGCUAUCGCGUUGAUUCUACCGGGGUAGAGUAGGAGUGAGUCUUUUCGGCUGUUGGUUGCUCUUUUAUUAUUCUUUUCUGGCCUCUUUUUUUUUUCUCCCUUCUUCUCCUGUCUUGACGUCUUGACAUGCAAAAGUAAGUGGCUGUGAUUCCGAGGGAGUCCGGUCCGCACGUGCAUCCCCUGAUCUUCACCUUGACCUCCACCUUCCCUUCUAUACACUCGCUCUCACGAACCUGCACAAGAACGGCUGAGCCGCUCCGCCCAGAUUCCAAACCCCCUUUUCACCAUCGUAUCUCCUGGUGAGAGCUUGAGCAUAUAUCAAGUGCCCACCCACUUCGCUUCUCCCGACACCCCCAUUACCCCGGGUUAGUUAUAUACCUUCUAUCCAUAUAGCUCCUUUCGUAUAAUGCCGCAUCGCAAGUCAACUUCGGAGCCGACCGGCUCGCUGGGCACCGAUAUGGUGCGAGUGCUGGUCGGCCCGCAUAAGAAGAGCUUCGACAUUCACAAGAAGCUGCUCUGCUCAACGAGCAGCUUCUUCCGUGAGAGCCUGGCUGCCAUCCCCGACGGCCUUACCGGCUCCGCCGACAGCAAGACGACGGUGCUGUGGUUCUCUGCUGAAUCACCCGAGAUGUUUGACCUUUUCGUCCUCUGGCUCUACCACCGCCAGACCUUUAGUUCCGCAGUCGACCGUGCCUUGUCAGCCAUAGUCGCUGCCGAGGCGGACACGGGCGACCACGAGGCUGGAUCUGCUCGUCUUCGUGGCCUCAGGUGGGCACUGGUACAUCUUCACCUCUUCGCCGCUGCCGUCGACCUUCCCGCCCUCCAAGACGCCUCAAUGGACGCCAUCCAGGACCUCUAUCUCCGCUUGGACUGGGACGUGUCACCACGAUUCGUCCGCUCCCUCUACGAGCGCCGGGCCGCCGAGGCCUUUAGGCUGCGCAAGUGGGCCGUCGCCAUGGUGGCCUGGACUCUCUCCUCUGGUGGAUCCUCGGGGAGAUGCAACGGCGACGACGACGACGCCAACGACCUCGUGUACCAAGAAGACCGCGACGCCGCCGCCGAGGCCAUCGCGUCGCAGUUCCAGCACCUCAUGGACCGGUUCCGCGAGUUCCACGACGACUACACGGCGCACCUGCGCAAGAUGGCCGGCUCCCGCAGCAGCGUCUGCAUCAAGAACCCGCAGCUCCGCAUCCCGACCAACUGCCUGCGCAACGACGAGCGCAACUUUGGCUUCCGCAUGUGCUCCUUCCACAGCCACCGCGCCUCGGUCGGGCAGGGCCAGUGCCCGCACGUAAAGGGCGACGAGUCCUCGCGCCACUCGGUCAUGGUCAUGCCCAUCAGCAGCUCCCCUUCUCCGAGGUCGCACAUGCGGUCAUUUUCGCACGACACCAACUCGGGCGCCAGCGUCUCGUCCGACUGCACCACGCCGCCGCCGCACGACGACGAGGAGAAGCCGACCCUCGGCGUCGCCAUGACCGCCACCAGACACCGGUCGCGGUCGGACUUGGGCUUCAAGCCCGUGAGGCUCUCUUCUGCUCGCUUCUCUUCUGCUCGGCUCCAAAGUACCCUGCCGACUAUACCACCGACGCCAAAUGACCCUGCCACAACGAGCUUCUUUUGAAAGCUCGGCGGGUGUUUGGAUUUUCUUUUCCUUCUCUUUUUGGCGCGAGUUCAGGCCGCUACGACGUAAAACUUUGUUGGCGUUACCUCUACCUUUUUCAGGGAUUCCCAAGUCCGGUGCAACGCACUGACGUUUAUCCCUGCCAGCUGUACGAUAGCUAUGAUAUAAUGAUACCCACACCACACACGCACACCAUGCAACCAGGCACAAAAGCAACGACACUGAGAUGGGCAGGCUUGGUUCUGAAAGCACCAAGGCUCUUUUUUCCCCCCUCCAACUUUAUCCACUUGCGUUUUGAGCCUAUCUAAAAGAACCAGUCACCACUUCUCAUGUCUUUUUCCUAUGUCAAAAACCCCCCUAUACCCCAUCAAGCCUGCACCUGCAUUUUUAAUCUCUUUUAAGAGACUCGACUUUCAUAAAGGCUAAAUCACCUCAAGAAGAGAGGUUGGGAGAGGAAGGAAAAAACAAACUUCCACAGUCCAUCAUAUGUAAUCUUUGUACAAAGCAAAAUACGUACAAUAGGCAACGAAAACAACAACUUCAAUGAUUACUGCAUGAAUCAACAUACUUGAUGCGAA